AUCUGAAACAUUUUUGCCGAAACCCUAAUCUGUGCCAGCGGCUGCUCAUCAUCUCCGGCGAUUAAGGUGUAAGCAGACCUCUGUGAUUGACAAUGGCGACUUUUGCCAAACCGGAAAAUGCUUUAAAGCGAGCUGAAGAAUUGAUAAACGUUGGCCAGAAACAAGAUGCACUUCAAGCCCUUCAUGAUCUUAUUACAUCAAAGAGGUACAGGGCAUGGCAGAAAACUCACGAAAAGAUUAUGUUUAAGUACAUUGAGCUCUGUGUUGAGAUGAGGAGGGGUAGAUUUGCUAAAGAUGGUCUCAUCCAGUACCGUAUUAUAUGCCAGCAAGUUAAUGUUAACUCGUUAGAGGAAGUCAUAAAGUACUUCAUGGAUCUUUCGACCAAGAAGGCUGAGCUGGCUCGUAGCCAGGCCCAAGCUUUAGAAGAAGCUUUGGACGUGGAUGAUCUUGAAGCGGAUAAAAGACCAGAAGAUCUGAUGUUGAGCUAUGUUAGUGGUGAGAAGGGAAAGGAUCGUUCGGAUAGGGAGCUUGUCACCCCGUGGUUUAAAUUUCUGUGGGAGACUUACAGAACUGUUCUUGAAAUUUUGAGAAACAACUCCAAGUUGAUGGCUUUGUAUGCAGACACCGCGCAUCGUGCUUUCCAGUUCUGCAAACAAUACAAAAGGACAACCGAGUUUCGCAGGCUUUGUGAGAUAAUAAGGAAUCAUCUUGCAAAUCUUAACAAGUACAGAGACCAGAGAGACAGACCUGACCUAACUGCUCCAGAAAGCCUACACUUUUAUCUCGAUACACGAUUUGAGCAACUGAAAGUUGCAACUGAGCUUGAACUCUGGCAGGAAGCUUUUCGUUCGGUCGAAGAUAUCUAUGGGUUGACAAGCAUGGUUAAGAAAAUGCCGAAAUCAUCCUUGAUGGCUGUAUAUUAUGCGAAGUUAACUGAGAUUUUCUGGAUUUCGUCUAGCCAUCUGUAUCAUGCUUAUGCAUGGUUUAAACUUUUCCUACUUCAAAAGAGCUUCAAUAAGAACCUGAAUCAGAAAGACUUGCAGUUAAUUGCGUCAUCAGUCUUGUUAGCUGCCCUUUCUGCUCCACCUUAUGAUCAUCUUAAAACUGCAUCUCAUUUAGAAUUGGAACAUGAGAAAGAAAGGAAUCUAAGGAUGUACAACCUUAUCGGGUUUAACAUUGAUACAAAGCUUGAAACAAGAGAAGUGCUCUCCCGAUCAUCUCUUCUUGCUGAUCUUGUCUCCAAAGGGGUAAUGACAUAUGUAACUCAGGAAGUGAAGGAUCUUUAUCAUAUUCUAGAAAACGAGUUUCUUCCUUUGGAUUUGGCAUCGAAAGUACAGCCUUUGUUGGCAAAGAUAUCCAAACUUGGGGGCAAGUUAUCUUCAGCUUCUUCUGUACCAGAAGUACAGCUAUCUCACUAUGUUCCCGCUCUGGAAAAAGUAGCUACUUUAAGGCUGCUUCAACAGGUCUCUCAAGUGUACCAGACGAUGAAAGUUGAAACUUUAUCGAAAAUGGUUCCGUUCUUUGACUUCCCUGCUGUGGAGAGGAUAUCUGUCGAUGCUGUCAAACAUAGUUUCAUUGCUAUGAAGAUCGAUCAUAUGAAGGGUGCAAUUAUAUUUGGUGACUUGGGUUUUGAAUCUGACAUUUUGCAAGACCAUUUAAGUGUUUUAGCAGUCAAUUUGAAUACAUCCAGGUCAAUGAUAUAUCCUUCGCAGCCGAAAGCAUCGAAACUGAGUGCUAUGUUGCCAAGUUUGGCAGAUAUUGUUGAUAAAGAGCACAAAAAACUUCUGGCACGGAAAUCCAUCAUUGAGAAACGCAAGGAGGAACAAGAACGUCACCUGCUUGAGAUGGAACGAGAAGAGGAGACGAAAAGAUUGAAACUGCAGAAGAAAACCGAAGAGACAGAACAGAAAAGGCUUGCCACUGAAUUUGAAGAAAGGAAGCGCCAGAGAAUUCUUAGGGAAAUGGAGGAGCGUACCCGUCAAGAAGCACUAGAAUUUAUAAAUGAUGUCGUUGGAAAGCGCACCAAAAAGAAAGGAAAGAAGCCUCCUAUCCUCGAAGGGGAGAACGUGACAAAGCAGACUUUAAUGGAGUUAGCAUUGCAAGAGCAAGUUAGAGAGAGGCAGGAAAUGGAAAAGAAAAUGCAAAAACUAAUUAAAACUAUGGAUCAUUUCGAAAGAGCAAAAAGGGAAGAGGCGGCACCUUUGAUCGAAGCUGCGUUCCAAAAUCGCUUAGCCGAGGAGAAAGAUCUUCAUGAAUAUGAACAACAGCGUGAGGUUGAACGGAGCCGAUUACGCCAUGAUGAAGAUGUGAAGGAGAAGAAUAGACUUGCCCGGGUCAUGGAACACAAGAGGGAGUUUGAAGAAAGAGUCGUGAGGCGGCGAGAGGCCGAGUACGCGAGAUUGAGAGCUGAGAGGGAAGAACGACUUAGCCAAGUUCUCAAGGCACGGAAAGAAGAGAGAGACAUGAAAAGGAAAAUGUUAUACUAUCUCAGGACUGAGGAGGAAAGGCUCACGAGGUUGCGUGAGGAGGAAGAAGCUCAAAAACGUCUAGAGGCUGAAAGGCGUAAAAAAGAGGAAGCCGAGAGGAGGGCAAAGCUAGAUGAGAUUGCCGAAAGGCAAAGGAAGAGAGAACAGGAACUGGAAGAAAGAGAGAGGCUUAGGAAGGAAGCUAUUUUAAGGGGAACACCAAUCGAUGCUCCAACCAAACCUCUUUCCUCUGAUCUUCCAGGGUCCGGUGCGGCGGCUCCAGCGGCAGCAGCCCCAGCAGCAGCAGCAGCUCCCUCUGAAUCUACCACUGGUGGUGGCAAGUAUGUGCCCAAGCAUCGUAGAGGUGGGGUGGCAGCGGCAGCUGCUCCACCAGCACAACCGGAUAGGUGGGGGAGCGCCAAACCGGAUGAUCGGGCGGCACCAGCGCCAUCUGACAGGUGGGGGAGUGGCAAGCAGGACGAUCGUCCAGCUCCCGCUGGUGACAAAUGGAGGCCUUCUUUUGGCGGUGGUGGUGCCAGGCCAUCCAAGUUUUCUCGGUGAAGGUGAGGUAAUUGUUUUUUAAGCAUUGGGAGGUAUUACAAUUGACCCUAUGUAACAAACAAAGAAGUCUGAAUUUUGGUUUCAAAGCAUUUGGUUGGUGCAACUUAAAGAACGCCUAAAUUUUCUUGUUAGUUUUAAAGUCAGAACGAUAAUCGUUUGAUGGGAUGCUCCUUAACGGCCAGAUUAAGAACUUGUUGGUUAA